AUGGAUAGCUCGCCGGAUUUGUCGCUGUCGCUGAAACUGCGACGCGGCUCCAGCGACUCACGCGACAAUUUCUAUAUGGACUUUGCCCAGGGCAUCGAUUCGGAUAUCGAGGAGGUGGACAACAGCAAUACACAUCUGGAUGAUGCGCUCGCCUCGAGCUCUGGAAUCCAGAUGGCAUUGCCGCCGCCGUUGCCCACAGUCCCGUUGAGCGAGGAAAUGCUGCUGUUGGUGGCACCGCCACCACCGCCGCCGCCAACCACGCUGCUUGGCCAGCCGCUGCCGACGCUAACGGAGACGGAUGAUAUGCCGCCAACACCAACGCCGCCGCCACAGCAGCAGCUCAGCAUGGAGGCCAACUCGCCGCCCGGUUCCUCCAGCAAUUCUGUGCUCGAACUGGAGCUGAUACCUCCGCCGCCACUGUCGCCCAUGGAUGAUGCCGGACUGCGCACCGAUGACGACGAUGGUGAGGAGACAGACGAUGCCGAGGAGGCGGUCAUUGAGCCACCAGUAGCUAUGCAGCUGCAGCAGCAGCAGCAGGAGCAGGAAGAUGCUGCCGAUGCCGAUGAUGAUGAUGACGAUGACGAGGAAGAAGAAGAUGAGGAUGAGGAGAAAUCGACACCGCCACCACCGCUGCCGCCAUUGCCCUCGAAUCUAUCGUAUGUGCAGGGCAGCGUCACGCCCCCUUUAACUAAGUCACCAUCGACAUCUCCAUCUCCGCCGGCAACGCCGCCACUGUGCCCGGAGCUAAACAUCUGCAAGAUGGUGUCGCCACCAGCGCAGCACGUAAGUCAGAUACCUCCUCUAACGCCCUCGUCCGAGAGCGAAGAGGAGUCGCAGCCGAAUUCCCAGCCCAUUGUUAGGCAGCAACCCCAGGGAAUGGAGCAGGAUCAAGAUGAAGAACCAGGACCAACCCCAGGACCAGACCCGGAGCCGGAGCCGGAGCCAGAGCCGGAUCAGCAGCUGGUAAGCGGUGGUCAGCAGUUGGCCGCCGAGGAGUACAGCAGAUCUCUAGACAAUGAGGAUGAGUCAACAACGAUUACCACACCGCCCAGCAAUGGAUACUCGGCAUCCUCGAUAAUUGCACCACCGCCAGAGCACUUUGCCGAGCUGGACGAGGACAGUCUGGGACGUGGCUUCAUACCGCCACCGCCGGCAGGUCUGGAGGAUAUCAAUGUGGAUGCGGACGAACGUGAUGAACAGCAGCAAGAAAAUUUGCAGUCGCUCGACGUUGAUGAAGAAGACCUAACCAAGGUUGAAACCGAUGAACUGUCCAUGGACAAAACAUCGCCCAAUGUGGGCGACGACGACGCAGACGAUGCCGACGAUGAUGAGCCAGGCGAUAGCAUUAGCUCCCCACGAGCCGCCAGCAUUGCCAGCGGUGGCAUCAUGUCCACCAGUGGCGCCAUUGCAGCCAUGGCCGCUGGCAACGCAGGUCUAGGGUCGCCCAAGUCAGACGGCCGUGUGCCCAGUCGCAGCGGCAGCCAGCGCUCCCAUGCUGGCUCCCGCACUAGCUCCCAGCAUGGCUCACGCACGGGCUCGCACGCAGGCUCACGGACCGGCUCCCGAACGGGUUCUAUAGCCUCUGCUUCUGCCGCAGCCGUCGCCGCUGCUGCAGCCGUGGUGCCGGUGCUGUCCCCUCAAGCCUCGCUCAAGUCACAGACAUCGCUCAAAUCGCAGGCUUCGAUCUCGGAGAGAAGUCCAGCGCUAUCACAUAGGUCAUCGCAGCGGAGCGCCGAGCGCGUCAAGAGCCCGCCCGCAGGCGAGAGCGCACCAGCCAUGCCCUCGCCCCCAUUGAUGCGCAGCUCGCCGCCCGAGCUGGCCAAGAGCCCACCGCGGCAGAUGCACAGUCCGCCGCGCAUAACAACGCCACCGCGCGUCUGCAGCCCCCCGCUGGUCAGCAGUCCACCAAAGCUGGCGGAGACAGCCGCAGCAGCCGUUGCCACAGUGCCAGUCGUGUCCAAGCAACAGGCCAGCAGCAGCAGCAGCAGCAGCAUUGUCGUCCCGGAGCCACCGCUGGCCACGCUUAGUUAUCAGGAUGAGCAGAAGUCGCAGCUGCCCAGCUCGGAGCCCGUUUCCGUUUCCGUUGCCGGCACCACACCGCCGGCCAGCGUGGUGGUGACCAGCCAGCCGCGUGCCCACUUUACGAGCAGUCAUCAUCAUUACCAUCUGCCGCAUCAGUUCCAGCAUCCGCAUCAUCAGAAUCAUCAUACGCACAGUGUUCGCGUGCCCACGCCCACAGUGCCGAGCAGCUAUACACCAUCGUCGUCGGCGGCAUCAGCUCCGGAUGGAGAUGGACGCUCACCGAGCUAUAUUCGACGCGCAGUGCCUCUGGCGGCGCCAAUACUAAGCAGCUCGCUGCUAUCCGCUCCUGGAGAGGCUGGAAACGUGGCGGCAGCCGUAUCGCCGGGCCGCCUUUCGGCACGUUCCGGCUCGCAGCAUCACGUUACCAUCGACGAGUCCAGUUUGCCGCACAAGAGCAAUGUGGAGACCGCCGGACCCAGUGGCCUGAUAUUGGUCGGCGGCGAUGGCGAUGGUGAUGGCGACCACGGUGGCGACAGCUCGGAGCCGCCCUCAUCACCGGGCAGCAGCUCCGAGUGUCAGCUCAGCAAUGCAGAUAGGGAGCGACAAGGUGGCCAGCUGGCACUCAUGUAUCACUCCCAUCAGCUGACCAACUAUCCGGUGCUGCCGGCCAUCAAGCGUACCCAUCGCCCCUCCUUUGUCUAUCCACCAAUGCCGCGCGUCAAGGCCGGCGAUGCUCUGGCCACACUCUUUUCAGCACUCUAUGGCAAACUGCUGGUCGUCAUGGGAGUGGCCUUUCCCAUGGCCGAAGUUAUUUCCACCUAUAUACCACCAUCCUUCUAUGAGGUCUACUAUUUGUACUUGUACAUUGGAAGCAUGAUCUUUCUGCUCUUUAUGUACGCCACAUUGCUUUGGGGACGUCCCAAGCUGCCAGUGCCGAUGGCUUCUUCGCCCAGCAAGUCGGCGGCCAAGGUGAACGCCUCGGAUAGCAUGGAUGAAUCGGAUACGGACAGCACCUCGACCCAUCGCCGCAUACCGCCGGCCAUUCAAGUGCGCCGUCCGUCGUUGCUGUCGCCGCUUGGCAGGCAGCACCACUACGGCAGCUUCUAUUUGCGCAUGGGCGCUGUGGCAUUUGGCAUUGGCAGCAUGAUCUACUCUGGCCUCGAGUUUGGUCAGUACUUUGAGCUGAAUCCGGACACCAAGUGCCACAAUGUGCUGCUCGCAUUGACGCCGGCUACCCGCAUGGCUUUCAUCUUUAUUCAGAUGUACUUCAUCUUUCUGAACAACGAGCAGAUCAAGGUCUAUCGCUACAAGAUCAUCGCACGCUUCGGUCUGAUGCACAUGAUCGGCACGAAUCUGGCCGUUUGGCUGAACGUAUUGAUUCAGGAGACAAAACACGAGAUACUCACCUUUUACAAUCCGGAAAAUCGCACGCUGCGCAUCUCGCAUCGCAUACCGGGCCACUCGCGCGGUCAUGCUGUCAUUGCUCCGGAUCCCACGGCACAUUUGCGUGUGCCCCGCGGCCUGAAGGGUCCCUAUCAGAUCUUCGAGUGCCGUCGCACAAAUAUCAUUGGUACUUUGGUGCAGGACGCUUCACCUUUUCUAUUCCCGUGCACCAUUGAGUACUCGCUAAUCUGUGCCGCCAUACUCUAUGUGAUGUGGCGCAGCAUUUCCCGUCCUCAGACAGCGACUCCACAGCGACCGGACAUGAUUAGCUCCCCGAUGAAGCGUUCCCCUCACCACUAUUCCGUGGACUGUGCACGCGCCCACAAGGGUCUAUUUGUGGGCAUACUGAUCCUCGUGCUGACCAUCAUCUCGCUGAUAAUAUUCUUUGUGCUAAUCUCCCGACCGGAGUUUGUUGCUCUCGCGGUCACCGAGGUAACCAUAUGUGAGCUACUCAUAUAUGGCACUGCGACCAUAGCCACCCUGUUGGGCAUGAUACAGAUUCGACAUCUGCAGUACGAUGCCUAUCGCAGCUUCUCCCUGGAUGACAUCCUGCUGGUGGGCGCGCAGACGGGUUCGUUUCUGUACAACAUCUUCACGGUAAUCGCCGGACACUUUACUCUGCGCAGCGAUGACAUGCUGGUGCCUAUUAAUGCGCUGGCCUCCAUUGUGCAGACCGCAUGCCAGACCAUGUUCAUACUGGACGCCAGCCGGCGGCAGGCGGUCAGCCCGGAGCACAUACGCAAGAAGCCGGGACGGGAAAUAGUCACAUUUAUGCUGGUGGUGAAUCUGGCCAUGUGGGCGAUUAGCACAUUGGAGAAAUCGCGAGCCGAAUCGCAUCCCAUACAGCUGAACUUCUACGGACUCUGGGCCUGGACCAUAAUAACGCACGUAUCCAUGCCGCUGGCCAUAUUCUAUCGGUUCCACUCGACAGUGUGCCUGUGCGAGAUCUGGAAGCGGGCCUAUAAGCUAAAGCCGGCAUAUAUGUGAGAAUU